GAGACAGCUAGAACUAACUCAUGACAAGAGUAUUAUCGUGAGAAUUUGGUACACGAGUUUAACACCUUUGUUGAGAUGCAUUUGCAUUUGCAUCAUGUAUUAUGGAGUCAUUGUUUAGGAUGGAUGGGAAUGAGGAUGGAGAUGGAGAUUAUGGAGAUGGAGAAGUGAUGAUGACCACGAAGUAUAUGGAAGAAAAGUAAAGGAAUAGUUUCACAUCAAUGAAUAUAAAAUCCGGAACCGCCCUCGACUUCAAUUUCUCUUUUGGUAUACAGUAUUCAUUAAUUCAUACAUUCAGGCAAUCCACAAACACCAACACCAACAAGAUCAAACAAUCCAAAACCUCUCAACGGCGUCUAAAUAUUCCAACUCCAGCUCUCAAUAAAGGCCCAUAUAUAUAUCAACUUUCAUCCCGCUCUCCGCCUUUCCUCCAACUUCGAACCCAUUUAUAUUAUCCCUCCUUGUUUGCAUCACUACGACUCGUACCGUUCAUCGAGAUACCAUACAUAUCUUAUCAAUCAAACCAAACGUUCUCGCCCUUUUCGUUUCCACCUAGCUCAAACUUGGCUCACUAGCGUUGUCCCCCCUGAUACUUACAUAUUUAUUUAUUGACCUCUUCAUCCUUUUUUUUUUCAUAAUGCCUUCUGCAACUACACCACCAACUCUCAGUACCAAUUUGGCAGUUAAGAAAACAAGUUACGCUCGCACACAAGAUCCAGAUAUGUUGAACUGCAAGAGAAAGAUUAUUUGCUUUUCGGAUUUCGAUGGCACAAUCUUCAUGCAAGAUACCGGGCACGUCCUUUUUGAUUCAUACGGAUGCGGAGAAGAACGUCGUCAGAUCCUCGAUGAACAAAUCAAAACCGGUGAACGUUCUUUCCGUGAUGUUUCAGAAGAGAUGUGGGGAUCUCUCCGCGUUCCAUUCGAAGAUGGUUUUGCAAUAAUGGAGAAAACUCUCGAGAUUGAUCCUGAUUUCCAAAAAUUCCAUCGCUUCUGUAUUGAUAACAACAUUCCUUUCAAUGUUAUCAGUGCGGGGUUGAAGCCUGUGUUGAGAAAAGUAUUGGAUAAGUUCUUGGGAGAAGAAGAAAGUAACAGGAUUCAAAUCGUUGCAAAUGAGGCAGAGAUUAGCGAGGAUGGAAGUCAGUGGAAGCCAGUUUGGAGACAUGACACUGAGUUGGGUCACGAUAAAGCAUUGUCCAUCACUGAAGCAAGAGAACUUGCUAAAUUGGAAUGUGAGGAUGGAACUAUCCCAUUGAUUGUAUUCAUUGGUGAUGGAGUUUCUGAUUUACCUGCUGCGAGACAAGCAGAUGUUUUAUUUGCAAGAAGAGGAUUGAGAUUGGAGGAGUACUGUGUGGAACACAAGAUUCCUUAUAUUCCAUUUGACACUUUCGCCGAUAUUCAAAAGGAAGUCGAGAAGAUUGCUGAGGAGGAUCAAUUGAAGACUGGUGGUGCAGGCAAGCCAGCUAGAUUCAACCCAAGAGCCAACUUGUGGAGAAGAGUUUCCAGUCAGAAUGCUGUUCCUUCAUAUGUUGCUGCUACUCCAACAAAAGAAGAGAAGAUGUUCUUAUGGCCAGAAUCUUUCUCUGAGCUUAAAGAGAACAUACCAGCUUCAAUCACUGAGGAGGUUGGUGCUUAAGAUUGAAGAUGGAGAAUCGUUAUCAGCUUCUAUCUGCUAUAUCUUUAUUCAUUGCAUUUUUAUUUCAUUUUAUAAGUUGCAUGGCGUUGAGGUAUAGGAAUCAAAUAGUCAGCCGGUCGGGGUAUCAUUUUUGGUGGGAUAAUAAGUAGUUCAAAAGAACUAUUGGUUCGGGAUAUUAUUGCGAAUAGAUAUAUAGAUUACUUGCAAUGAAUAUUUUUAUAUGAACA